AUGAAACAGUCAAAGAACAUAAUGGUGGUUAACAUAGAAGUGGGAGACUGGGCGCUGCUAAGUUUGCUCUCCUUAAAGCCUGCUUCUUCUUGCACUCCUGCUGCCAAAGCAGCUUGGGGACUCCUGCUCUGGGCCUUUUAUUCCGUGAAUUCCUGUCUCCCUCUCCUGCUUCUUCAGGCGAGGACCUGGGGAUCACAGCUUUUAUUCUUUGCUAGGCACAAACACCAACUGUUGGACCUCAACCACCAGACAGAAACGUUAUGGAAAGUGCCGGUUCUACUGUUCGUCUUGGGAAGCUCCUCGCCCUGGGUUCUGGCGGAAGCCAACCUGGAAGAUUUCACAACAACUCAAGGUACAGAAGGUGGCACGAAGACUCCAGGUUGGGAAGAUGGUGCAGAGGUCACAGAAAAGCCCUUAGAAACCAUUCACUUGACAACUUCGGUGCCAGCAAGUACGAAGACUGUAAUUAGGACUCCUGCUGAGCACAGUUCGGUCUGUGAUAGGAACACCACAGCCUCACAAGGGGCCACUGGCCAUUCCGUGGAUGGUUUGGCAACCUCAACCCUGGUUGGAAUCAUACUUGCAGUGUCAGUAGUCGUUGGUCUUGUUGGUGCAAUCAUCCUAGUAGUUGUGCGGAAAAAUGUCAGGAAGGCCCUGAAAAUUUUUCACAAGCUCAAAAAUCGUGCCCUUCUGCCAACAUGUUUAAAGAAAGGGUUUCCUAUUUCACCCUACCUCUGA